AUGGUUGGCAAAACUUAUCGUCACGCUGUUACUGCGCUAAACUCUUUGCAAUCAAAUUAUGCCAACAUCAUGGCUAUACGUCAAACAGGUGAUCGUAAAAACACUAUGGCAUUAUUGGAAAUGCACGAAUGGUCUAGAAGAAUUGGUUACUCUGCAUCGGACUUCAAUAAAUUAAAUAUUGUUCAUAUUACUGGAACAAAAGGUAAGGGUUCUACCGCCGCAUUUACCUCAUCCAUUUUAAGACAAUAUAAAGAACAAUUACCACGUAUCGGGCUGUAUACAUCCCCACACCUGAAGUCAGUAAGAGAAAGAAUAAGAAUCAAUGGGAAACCGAUUUCGGAGGAAAAAUUCGCAAAAUACUUCUUCGAAGUUUGGGACCGUCUAGAUAAAACAACCUCUUCUUUAGAUAAAUUCCCCCAUAUGAUCCCAGGAAGUAAGCCUGGCUAUUUCAAGUUCCUCACAUUGCUUUCAUUUCACACUUUCAUACAAGAGGACUGUAAAAGUUGUAUCUAUGAAGUCGGCGUCGGAGGUGAAUUAGACAGCACUAACAUAAUCGAAAAACCAAUUGUCUGCGGUGUUACGCUAUUAGGAAUAGACCAUACCUUCAUGCUAGGUGACACUAUUGAGGAAAUUGCUUGGAAUAAAGGAGGAAUUUUUAAGCCUGGAGCACCAGCAUUUACUGUCGAGAAACAACCUCCUGAAGGGUUAACAGUAUUGAAAGAAAGAGCUAAGGAACGCAGAACGACGUUGACAGAAGUGUCCCCAUUUAAACAGUUGCAAAACGUCAAGCUUGGAAUUGCUGGGGAGUUUCAAAAAAGUAAUGCCUCUCUUGCCGUUAUACUGGCUUCUGAAAUCUUGCAUACUUCCAAUAUAUUGAACGAGAAGAUCAGAUGCAACUCGAAUGCAUUGAUUCCAGAGAAAUUCAUAAUCGGUCUACAAAAUACUAAGUGGGAAGGCAGAUGUCAAGUCCUUGAAAGAGGAAAAGACGCUUGGUAUAUUGAUGGUGCGCACACCAAAGAUAGUAUGGUAGCAGCAUCAACAUGGUUCAGAAACACGGCCCGUUUGUCGAAGAGAAAAAAGAUUUUACUUUUCAAUCAACAAAGUAGAGAUGCCAACGCUCUUGUAAAUAACUUGUAUUCAUCUGUUUCUCCAGAGAUUACUUUCGAUGAUGUGAUAUUUACCACUAAUGUCACUUGGAAAUCAGGCUCAUACAGUGCAGAUCUCGUUUCUAUGAACACUUCUCAAGAAGAUGUGGAAAAAUUGAAAGUUCAGGAGUCAUUGGCCAAGAAUUGGAGCAAAAUAGACGGUAAUCGUGCCCAAACGCAUGUAACGGCUAAUAUAGAGGAAGCAAAUGAAUUAAUUGAAACACUAUACGAUGAACCUGUUGAUAUAUUUGUAACCGGUUCAUUACAUCUUGUUGGUGGAUUAUUGGUCGUUUUUGAUAGAAUAGAUGUAAAGUAA